AUGGUCUCCGCUAUCUUCUAUUUAUCAUUCGUGUUUACUAUCGUUUCCUUGGUUACUUGUACGUCAUGUAUGCUUGUUGAGUCACUGGUGACAAGCAGGAAAAACGUGUUUUUAAAGGGACGUGUCAUGCAACGUCAACUGACCAAUAGUCAGUUAUCGUGUGCUCAUCUUUGUGCGAGAAUAAACGGAUGCACGUCUUUUAAUUACAACCUCGAGUCGAACAUUAAAGGACUUUGUGAAUUGUUGAAUGGUUCCAAUGAAGCAUUUGAUCACAGCCUCACAGAGGGAGCGGGGUGGAUAUUCGGACAAGUUGUUUCUUCUCAGAAAAAGUCUGAGGAGCAAAAAAGUACGCAGGGUAAGAGUACAAUGAAUAACAAGAAGAUUACUAAGUAACAUUCUUAAACACUUAUGUGAUGAGGAAUAGCAGAAAGUUCCGCUUAGCUAGCUCAUUAUUUUUGUUAUCAAAGUAGUAAGGUUGCGGAAAUAAUCCAGGUUGCCCGUAUUUACGCACCAUCGUAUUUACGUAGCCUCUUCCAUAUGGACACCCUCAUGUGUAUUAUUGCUUGGCUCAAACGCAUGUAAAUCCAUUUCUCUCAUCUUUGUGAAAAUUGGCAAGCAGUUUCCUACUCACGCUUGCAUCCAUUCGAUUAACUUUCCUUUUUGUCAGGUCUAAAUCACGUGACUUACACUCGCCUUUUAACGGCCGUCAAAAGUUUCACCAAACACAAACGUAUGCAGAUUAGUCUCAGGGUUAUUCUCAGCGACAUACUUUUACGCACUUUUAACAACGCCAUCGACACUUAUCAUGAGUUUCAGCAUCAGCAUAUAUUAAAUAUAUAUAAUACACAUAUACAGUGGAACCUCGAUAUAACGAAGUCCUCGGUAUAAGGAACGAUUUUCUUUGUCCCAGAAAUAGUAAAAUAUAUGAAAAAGAACCUCGAUGUAACCUAACCUUUUUAUAGCGAACGGAUUUUGCCAGUCUCUUGGCACUUCGUUAUAUCGAGGUUGUCCUUGCCCUUUUCUAUUCCAUAUUUGAAAAUUUUUAAGUUUCAUGAAGACCCAAGCAACAGUUUAAUUUCAUUAUUUUUUUCUACUCAUCCUGUUACAUUCUUAUCACACAUAUGAUCACGCUUUUUAGAUAUUAACGUACACGUGACCUUUACUUUUCUUGAUGCCAAUGGCCGCGAAGGUCCCAACAAUACAUCCGGGUACAAAGGAUCACAACUGGAGGGAAAAGUUCAACUUGUGGCUGGAAUCCAAAUAUGGAGUGUCCCAGUAACAGGGCUCUAUAGUAUAACAGCCUGGGGAGCUUCAGGCGGAAAUGCUACUGGGGCAAAUCCUAGGCUCGGUGGAAGAGGUGCGAAGAUUAAAGGACAUUUUAAACUGAACGCAGGAGAGAAGUUAAAAAUACUCGUAGGACAAAAAGGGAAAUGCCCAAGUCUAGACUCACCAGGUGGUGGCGGUGGUGGAACGUUCGUAACCAAAGGGAAUGGUUCACCACUUGUUGUCGCUCGGGGGUGGUGGUGGUGGCGCUAA